AUAUUCCUUGUGAAACUCGCCACUCCCAAUCUCCAAUCCCGGUUUGUAGCACGGCGAUACCAGCAGUCUGUUAUCUCCUCCAUUCCUCUUGUCUUACUCUUCUACGGGCAUGGGGGCUCUACAAGGAACACUCCACGCUCGUUUUACGAAAUCGAAGCGCCUCAGCAACCUGGCUAUCUUUCGCCCAACAUUACUGAACGCAACAUGUCAGCUUUCGGCCGCUGA